GCUGCACUUUAUGCAUAAAUAUUGCACACGAAAUACGAAAAGUUAAGAGUUAACUUGAAUUUCAUUUCAUUAGCAGACACAGGCAAAUCUACCGCUCAGAAACAACAUGGCCUCGGCCCGAUCCAAGGGCCGAAUAGACACCGGUCACCUGCCUGCUGGGACAUACCAUCCAGGGCUGGAGCAGAGAAAUCGGAAUAAUGGGAUGAGGGUCGUUCUCGCGACGCCGGAGCCAAGAAGACGGUUCGACAUCCAGACCCAUCUGCCUUCUGUGUUUUCGGUGUGCGUCUAUGUGCUCCUGGUGGCGUCCUUGCUGACCGAGAAAUGGUUCGCCUUCGCUGCGGAUCAUGUCGAUGAGGAGUUUACUGGAUGGGAGGUUUUGGCAAGGAUGUCAGCACGCUUGAUCAACUUCCACGCCUUGCUGGUUCUGCUGAUGAUGUUGCGUGUGACCAUGACCUUAAUAAGUUCAAGGAUACGAAUACCGUUCUGGAUCCCUCUGGACAAACACAUCAAGUACCACAAGGUGGCGGGCAUGGUGCUGUUAGUCUGCAGUCUACUGCAUACUGUUGGACAUAUUGGCAACGCAGCCUGGGCAGUGACGGAGCAUAACCACACACUGGUCGAGUACCUGUUUACGGUACAUCCACACCAUCACCAAGCCAGCUGGAUGGGCGGGACGGCCUACAUCUCCGGCUGGGCCCUCCUAGCCAUACUCCUGGCCCUUAGUCUGUCCGGUAUGCCAUGGGUUCGAGCGAAGAAUUUUCAGGCAUUUUACUUUACGCACCUUCUAUAUCUACCCUUCAUGAUCGUCAUGUUCAUCCACGCGCCGAGUUGCUGGAAAUGGAUAAUAGUGCCUUCCUCCUUAUUGGUGAUAGAAAAGGUCUAUCGGACCAAGGCUGUGAAGCGCCUGGAAUAUGGGAAGAUCUUUAUCCAAGAAGGCGUGCUCUUGCCUUCCAAGGUGACACAUCUCGUUAUAAAACGCCCGGACAACUUCAACUUCACCGCUGGCGACUACAUCUUUUUAAACAUCCCCAAAAUAGCUACGUUCGAAUGGCAUCCGUUUACGAUCAGCAGCGCCCCCGAGGACCCGGAUCAUCUGUGGCUUCAUAUACGCGCUGUGGGAAGAUGGACCAAUAAACUAUAUGAAUACUUUGAAGAAAAACGCGAGAUAGCCAAAAGGAUGAACCUGCCACACAUAAGGAACAUCUACGGUGACGUGGACGGGAUAGAGGAAGAUGCCUCGAGUUUGUCUUCCUUGGAAUCCUCCAGUGAUGGCCAUGGAAUCGAUAACGUGGCUUUUGAGGCGAUUGAUGAAUCGCGUGAAACAAAGAACAACGCCAAGAACGAAGAAAAAUCGCGGCGGAGUAUUACCCACGGGGUAAUCCCGAUUAUCAAAUUUGAUUUGCCGGACAAGGGGAAUGGUAGCGGAUCGGAUAACAUUUCAGAAAGUGAAAGUGAAACUGAGAAUGACAUCGGGUUCGAAGACGACACAAAUAUCGAGGUUGUAACACUUAAAAGUGAUACUGGAAUGGGUAAUGGAAGCUACACGUCCAGCAACUACAGUCUUCAAACCUACUCAGACGAAGACGACGAGUCAUUCAACAUAAAACAAAGCAGAAGGCUAACAUCAUUUCGGAAUUUUUCGGACAGACUCGGAAUACCUGAAAAUUUCCGACAGAAUUUAAGCGGUGGUGUGCAGAAAAAGGUGCAAAGAUCGAAAUCUAUUGAUAAUGCACAUAUCAUGAAGACAGAACUCGACCCGUUUGUCCAGAUUCCUCCCGGAUUUGACCGGAACAGAAGGAAAUCCGCGUGCGCAUUGAAACUCCCGGAAACAGAAGUUGUGAAACAUCUGCAGCGCCGUCUAUCGACGUGGCAGGGCAUGUCCCAUGGGCAAAACUUUGGCCAUCUUUCACAAAUGCCUUUCAUAUACAAAAUGAAUGCUGAUGAACAUAAACCGUCGAUUGACGAAGCACUGGAGGUGUAUAUCGACGGUGCUUACGGUGCCCCCGCCAGUAAUUUCUUCCAAGCCGAGCACGCUGUGAUGAUAGCGUUGGGCAUUGGAGUCACUCCCUUCGCCAGUAUACUACAGAGCAUUAUGAGACGAUAUAACACGGCUAAGCACGAAUGCCCAAAGUGUACACAUUCCUGGAUUGACGAGGACCUUUCAGAUACAUUGGGGUCAUUGAAAAAAGUGGACUUUUUCUGGAUUUCUCGAGGAAUUCGGUCGUUUGAAUGGUUCAGUGAUCUGCUGACGCAGCUGGAGUUGGAGCAACUAGAACUGGUGCCUGGCGCAUCCAUGGAUACAUUCUUAGAUCUCCACAUAUAUAACACAGAGACUGAGAACAAUUUCGGUAUUCGAGAUGCUUUGCUUGCACCCGGGUUGGAACUGGUGAAGCAGAAUAACCUGACUGACGUCAUACCCGGACUUUUGACGCAGGCGCAGAGGGGACGACCUAACUGGAAUGCUGUUUUCAAAGAAAUAAACAAUAACCGCAGGGGGCGUGUGACGGUGUAUUUCUGCGGACCGCGAUCGGUAGCUUCUAUUGUUAAAGGAAAAUGUAUAGAAUACGGCUUCAGGUUCACCAAGGAAAACUUCGGAUAAAUUUCUCACGUUUUAUGUGGUUAUUUAAUAUGGGAUUCAAUUAAUAGUGUUUGCUAUCUAUGUUAGAUGGUACAUUAGGUGUCUCAUAGAUUGUAUGUUACACGGCAUCAUAUGGGUUUUAUAAACUUAAGUGAAUAUAUUAAAGGCAUCCGCUUCGGUUUUAACUGUUAUAAGCAUAAACACACCUUAUGCCUUUAUGCCAUAACACACGUCAAGCUUUUAUUAACAUGCCUUGUUUAUAUUCGUUUUUUUUAUCUAUGAGACUAUACUUUUGAUGAAACUCUGAUAUCUUAAAACAUUCCAAUUAAUGGCAUUCAAUUGAUUAUCUAUGGAUUUUACAUAGAGAAACUGUGAUGGUUAUUUUAAAGUUCUAUGCUUUAUUAAAUGUGUAUAAUAUAAGAUGGCAUGUUGCCUCAUCAACAUAUUUCCGGUGAUAGUAGUUUUCAUGAAUAAUUUCAUUAUUUAUAUUUUAGUAUUAUUUUUAGCAGUCAAUCCUGUACUAGGUAUUUUAUCUACAAUAGUAGAAUCAGCAUCUUUUUUGUUAAACUUGUCUUUUUUCGCAAUCUUUAAAGCUGCACAAGUACCACAAUAAUAACGUUUGAUAAUUAUGAAAUUUUCAAUAUAAAGUCUAUGAUAGUUUUUUCUCAGAAAAUAAGUGACAUUGCAUUUACGGGACUUUUUACUUUAGUUUUAACAUCCUUUGUCAACUUUUGUACAGUGGCUGGUCCUCAAUAUAUUAUAAUCAUUUUAUAUAUCAUACUAUCUGUGAAGUAUACAGUACACGUGUACGCCUCUCAAUUGGUUCACUUAUGCUGUCACUUGGUGACUUUCUCCCUGGCUAUCUGUAUUGCGAAAAAGAAUCGAACUGUUAAUCUUUCCUAUUCCAUAUACACAGUAUAUAUAUGAAUUUAAAAUUAUUUUCUCACUUAUAGAGAAUAUAGAAUAAAUUUGUACUGGUACAAAACAGAAGCUUGUUCACAUUCAAGGCUCGGUAUGUUUGAAAAGAAGCGAUGGAAAUUUGGUUACGGGAAUCAACCAUAUUUUACGGUUAAAUUCCUGAGAUGUAAAACGAAUGCACAAUUAUAACUAUUAAGGAAACAAUAACAUUUUAGUGAUAGGUCUCUAUAUCAAUUAAUAUACAGUCGAAUGUUUUCAUUUUGUAACUAAUUUUCAGCUCCUCGAACUGAACGUCGCAAAACAUCAAGUUCUAAAAAAGGACAAUCAUUAUUUACUUUUGCCAUGGCAUAUCAAGUUUAACUUGGUAAUACUGGUAAAAAAUGUUUUGCAAUCAGUGUACAUGUGUAUAUGAAUCUGUGGAUAUAUUUUACAAAUAAAGUUGGACUUUCAACACACCUAUGUUUCUUAUUAAAUAUCAGAAUAAUACAAGCUGC